CUCUCUACACGGAGGGGCGUUGCGUUGAGUAACGGCUGGAAGCGGACUCGGUCCCCGCCCUGGUUUCUUUAAAUACCCACCACACCACGGUGAACCGUUACAUGGGAAAUAAACGGGGAUGUGCUGACGUUUCUCGACAUUUUUAACAACGUGAAUACUUUCACAGUUUUUAGUUUGACUUCUAAUAUGGAGCUGGACCGGCGGUUGUUGCUAGCCCACUGCACCGCUCACGCGCUGUCGAUCGCGGCGGGCUUGCUGGUGGUCGUCCCCAUGGCUCUCAACGGCUCCGCCUUUAAAGGCCGCUGCGCACUCUUCUCCACCGGCUACUGGAGGACAGAGAACCGGGCCGAGCUGACGGGGCAGCCGGGAGACGUCUCUCACCUGGUGGUACAGCAGUGGGGCCCACCGGCAGCCUGCCAGUUCGCCACAUUUGUCGGUAUUUUCACGGUGCUGUACGGUGCAGCGCAGAGCUGGAGGGGCCUCUUCUAUCUGCACGGACGACAUGACGACACCCUGUUUUCGUCCUUCCUGACGGUGCUGCUGAGUGUGUGUGUGCUCUUCCUGUCUGGAGGGGCCAGCGUUAUCUUGUCUCUGGGACUGGCCUCCUGGUGUGACACUGUGACUGAUGACAACACGCGGCCAUACAGCUGUGCAGAGUCCCAGUCUGUUCCUCUUUACCUGGAUGUGGACACCUCCUCUUUCUACACAGAGCUCAGUCUGGCACAGGUGUCUCUGUGGUUUCUGACAGCUCUGUGGAUGGCUCAGUCCAUCCUGGCUUUCCUGCGGCUCUACCACUCUCACAGCCAGCACAUCAGCGGGCCGUGUCGUCCGCGAGAGAAGGAGCUGCUGCUGGGACACAGUCCGUCUGACAGCGGCUCCCCCUCACCUUCUCCAGCAACACCCACCCUCUUAGUGUAACUGGGCGUGUAUGAGGUAGUGAUAUAAGAUGAUACACUUAACUCCACCAUCUAAAUUUAGUUUUAAACCACUCUACAGUUCUUACUACUGCAUGUAGAAUAUGGACAUGCAAGUAUGGUUUAGUACAUAAUAUUAAAUGUAUGUUUUUAUUUUUAUAUAAUUCAUAAUUCAUCAUCUUAUAUAACAGAGCCUGACCAAUAAAUCGUACAUGUCAGCUGAUAAGGAACAAGAAAUUUCAGUAUAGAAAUGCCAAAGAUAUGUUUCAGGUCAUUUAGAAAGAGUGUCUCCGUUAUAUAGUUUGUCCUCCAGAGAGCACUGACAAGUUUAUUUUUACACUGUAAAAACGAUUAUUUACAAUUAUUUUAUAACCACAUUUAAGGAAAAUGUUUUUUAAUCUCUCAAAUAUCCAAUCUGAAAUAUUGAAAUCAGUGUUGGUGUCAGAAACCCAGUAUUGGUCAGACUAUAUUAUAUAAUGACAUGAUGUCUGAGCUGGGCCAACAUCACUUACAUUACAUUACACUGCCAUCCCAGUUUGCCCUGCCUCACGCAAGCAUGACCUCACAGUGACACCACAACUUAGCCCCAGUUUGUGCCUCUUAUGUAUUUAUUACAUUUGAGAACUAAGCAUAUUUUUCUGAAUGAUAAAAAACCCCCAAACCCAUUUCCAAAAUCCUCAAAGACUCCUCUAACCAUUUGGAUGAAAAAACAUUCAGUCCGCUGCACGAUAAAGAUUUUGUUGUGACUCCAUUUCCUUUCCUAUCCUCCAGAUAGCCGGACAGUAUGCUGCGUUCACGUCAUAUCAUUUAGAGCGUAAUUACGAGCAACCGAAUGGGGGGGAAAAUGUUCCCGUCAGCCUCCAAGUUGUAAUUCAAAGUUGGAAAUAUUCUGACAGCGAUGGUGAAAAGACCUACAGGUCGGUGAAAUAGCUGCAAACCGUCGGCGAAAUAGCUAGAAAGCCUCCAUCACUGGCAGUUACAUCCGAAUAAAACACCAAUACCAAUAGAUUCAGCUAAUUUAAAAGGAUCUAUACACAGUGUGUUUGCCUCUGGUUACAAAUACAUAAAACAACAACAGGAGGUUUUCCUGUUCUUCCCAUUCUGCCGACAUAUCCCCUUGCUUGUUUUGUGAGAAAAAUGUAAAUGCGGUAUUGUGUAUGGAAUUAUAAAAUAACAGUAACAUCAUUAUAGACAGAUAUAACUGAUAAUGAAGCUUUUUAAUUUUGGUGUAUGGCAUUGAAAUUAAGCAAGGACAUGUGUUUACAUUUCCUGCUACAUUUUUUUGUUUGGAUUAGAAAAUAGAGUUGCAACUUAGUUAAACAUCUUUUUUUAAUCAUGCGGCAGACUGAGUAUUGUUUCAUCUAUAUGGUUAGAAGAGCCUUAAAGGAUUCUGGACCCCAGAAAAGUGUUGUUAAAUGAGCUUCUGGGCUUUUCAAAGCUGUGCGGGAAUUUAUUUUUCAGUAAAAACUGAGGCUUAGCUCUGGGACAAUGUGCACUAACUGGGACUAACUUCAGCUCUGUGUUGGAACAAAAAGGGAUUUUACAGAAGGAAAAAAGAAACACUCAUCUAUAGUUGAAGCAGAUGCAUUCAGUGAUCUAAUAACCACGGUGUUAUUCAGAAGCUAUUGAUCAUCAUUUGACCACCAGAUGAUGUUUUCCCUACAGUCUGUCUAGAAUAUAUUUAAUAUGCAUGGUUGUUUACAUUUUGCACAGUUGUGUCCUCGUCAGGGAGAAAACAGUUUUGUUGACUGUUCUGAGUGUAAUAUUCAGAUGUAGCACUGAGGCGCUUUUAUUGUGAAGCAUGUGGUGAGAGUGAGACGGAGCCACCGUGUACGAGAAACAGGCUCACUGUGUGAGCAUGACCUGAAUGUUCUGUUGUGUAACGGAAAAAUCACUGCUGACCUUCUCUCCUCUUGUGACGAUUGUUAUUAUGAUGCUGUUUGUCUGGACACAGCCGCUCUCAGGGCGUCAAUGAAGCGGUCAAAUCUUCUCACAUGAUACCUGGAGGAUAAUUUGGAGGUAAACCUUCAAGGAUCUGUGAUGGUUUUCAUAUCGAGAGAGAUUUGUGCGGAGCCCUAAAGGGUCGGUGAAGAGGAAAGAAGUUACGGACUUUGCUGAGUUUUAAAAAAACCCCCAAAUGAUUCAAAGUUGUUUCUAAACAUCUUUCCUGUUAUCAUUGACCCAAGUGGUUGUAAUGAAACACAGACAGCGGAGCAAGAAAUCUGAAGUAAAGAGAGAUGAGACAGUAAUGUCACUUGAAAUUAAUUGUAAUAUAUGAAAUGUUUUUUGUAUUAUAACUUGUUUAUAAUUAUAACUAGCUUUAUAUCGCUUAUACCUGUUCAUUCACAUUCAUGCUUUUUUGCAUUUGUCUUGUUUGUCGAAUAAAAAGCUUCCCGUUAUGAAA